AUGUAAAAAACACAGCCAGUUAGCAGAGAUUCUUAAAUUUUUGAUACUUUAAAUUAUAAAGAUGGUAUAAUAUAUAACCAAUAUCUAGAUUCUAUUUAAGUAUAAGAUCUAGAUUUUUUUGGACCUUGGCAUAAAUAAAACAAUACUAUAUAAUAACAAAUUGCUUAGAUUAGAAAAACUUAUACUUCUUCAACUAAUUAGAUGCCGAAUGAAAUAAUUGAUAGACCAGAAACCUAAAAUUCGUAGAUCAGGAUGGCAAACACUACUUUUCCAAAUAAAAGAAGAAAAACCAGAAAAAUAUCAAUUGAUUAGUCUAGUUAAUUUAUUGAAAAAUAAAAAUAUGAUGAAUCUCGUCAAGUCUAAAGAAUUAUUUAAGAGUUCUUUACAGAUGAAAAUAAAGAAAAGAAAAAAAAGUAAAGAAACUAUGGUUUUUUUAUUCCUUAAGCUUCAAAAUCUUAUAGUAAUACCAAAUGCAAUGGAUCAUCCUUUUAAACAACUUAAGAAUAUUUUGAUGUAAAUUUCAUCUUUAAGUUGAGAGAAAAUAGCUCUAAAAAUGUUGAAAUUGAUGCCAAAUUUACAGAAAUAGCCUUCCAAGUCUUCUAAACCUAUAAAAAAUCUAAACACAAAAUAAAAACUUAUUCUUGAUCUACCAAUAACAACAAAAAGUUAUUUUCCUCCUUAAUUAUUAAUAAACACCACAAAAGCUAAAUAAGUCAGUCCUUAAAAUUUGAAUUCUUCUCAAAAUAAAACUUAAAUUAAAAAUUUAAAUUUUCUAGCCAAAACAGGAAAAGGUCCUGUCUGGAAGAUUAAUAAUUAUACUAGUAUAUGA